AUGACCGCCAUCUUAGACGAAUACCUGGCCAAACAUCCCGGGUCUGCCCAACGGUUUGCCGAGGCGGUGGGCCUGUUUCCCGGAGGCGUAACCCACGACACUCGGUACGCCCAACCCUUCCCUCUAUACAUGACCCACGGCUCCGGCCCGCGCAAGUGGGACGUGGACGGAGAGGAGUACAUCGACUACGUAUCGGGGCACGGCGCAUUGAUCCUGGGGCACUCCCACCCGGCGGUCGCGGCGGCGGUGGCCGAGCAGGUGACCCGCGGCACCCACCUGGGCGCAUCGACCGACGAGGAAGUCCGUUGGGCCAAGGCCGUCAUGGCGUUGGUCCCCAGCGUCGAGCGGGUUAGGUUCCACAGUUCCGGGACCGAAGCAACCCUCAUGGCGAUGCGCCUGGCCCGGGCUUACACCGGGAAGCGCAAGGUGAUGAAGCUGCAGGACCAUUUCCACGGCUGGCACGACUACGCCAUGGCCGGCUCGGACCGCCCUUCCCCCGGCAUCCCCGAAGCCAGCUUUGAAAGCAUGGUGAUUGUUCCUCCGGCGACCUUCGACGCUGGGGUGGAAGACGCCUUGAACCGCGACCCGGACAUUGCGGCGGUUAUCCUGGAACCCACCGGCGCCCACUACGGCCAACUGCCUUCGACGUUCCCGUCUUCCUGA